AUGGAAGAACUGAUGUUGAUCAGCUGCUCCCUGAUUUCUGAUCAUGUCAUCAUUUGUAAUGGCACAGAAUAUAGUCUGCCCGAAACAGUUCUCACCUUCAAGGAUGCAAAAUUUUGGGUUUACAUCGGUGUUUAUAUAGCACUGACCAGUUUUGCAGGUGUGAUGUCUGGUCUCACCAUUGGCCUCUUAUCAUUAGAUUUAACCACUUUGAUCACCAUGAAAGAUGGGGGAACUCCAAAUGAGCGGAAGUAUGCUGCUCGUAUCCUACCUGUGGUGAAGCAGCAUCACUUACUGCUGGUGACUUUACUGCUUUCAAAUUCUGCUGCCGUAGAAGCCAUGCCGAUUUUCUUGGAUAGAAUCUCUAACCCAAUCCUUGCUAUCAUCAUCUCUGUGACAGCAGUUUUCAUUUUUGGAGAAGUUUUACCACAAGCUAUAUGUACAAGGUACGGGUUGGCUAUUGGAGCAAAGCUUUUGCCGCUGGUCUACUUUUUAAUGGGCGUAUGUUUCAUUAUCACAUACCCAUUGUCCAAGCUGCUAGACUGUUGCUUUGGGACAGAACACAGAACAUUCUUUAGGCGGGCCCAGCUCAAGGCUCUGAUUGAUAUUCAUGGAGGAGAGUCGCAGACAGAUGGUGUGAAGUUUAGAGAAGAUGCUCUUACACAGGAUGAAGUGACGAUCAUUAAGGGUUGCUUGGACAUGAAGAGCAAGACAGCAAAAGAUGCCAUGUUGAACAUCAAUGAAGUGUUUAUGUUAGACAUCAAUGCCAAGUUGGACUAUGAAAUUAUGAAUGACAUACUGACACAUGGCCACUCACGGGUGCCAGUGUUUGAAACAGACCGCAAUAACAUUGUGGCUCUGCUACUGACGAAGACACUCAUCAAACUGGAUCCAGAGGAUGCUGUGCCAGUCAGAAGUCUGAUAGGAGAUGAGCGCUAUUCCCGAUCUGCUUUGUUUGUCAACCAUAACAUGCCGCUGUUUGAUCUUCUCAAUUUGUUUCAAACUGGCAAAAAUGUUCUGGAGGAGCUGCUCCAAGAGGAGAUUGAGGAUGAGACAGACAUGGUCCAGGAAUUGUCUGGAAUGCUGCAUUUGUCCAAGGCUAAAAUUAAGAAAUCUGCGGUAAGUGUUUGUGUGAGCUCUGUUGUCAGUCAUUAUAAUCAAGAUAAUAUUGUUGGCACUACGCCAAAAUCACAUAACCUGAGAACAAUAUAA